AUGCAGUUUUACAAACUGAACCUUAAUUCUAAAAUUCUAUUGAUUCUAUCAAUAAUUGUAAAUACGCAGAUCGCUAAAUCUUCUCAAACUCUACUUUGCAGUAAAAGUCACAUAUCUAAUUGCUUUUUGGACCCUAGCUACAAAUAUGAUGUUAUAAUUGUAGGAGGAGGAGCAGCAGGCUGCUCUUUAGCUCGUACUCUUGCUGAUGCUAACCAAUCUGUACUACUAAUUGAACGUGGCUCUAGUCGGAAUCAGCAUAAGUAUACACUUGAUGCAGAAGGGGCAGGUUGGGUUGUUAAUGAUCCCAGUGUCUCCCAGUUAGUGGUAACAUCGGAUGAAGUGAGAUCUCAUAUUGGGUCCGUACUAUCAGGUGGAACAGGAAUCAAUUUUGGUGUUGCUAUAGCAGAAUCCGAUGACUUUCUUUCUUACAUGGAACUUAAUGAAGGGGUGCAGUACAACCACACUUUAUUUCACUCAAAAAAUGCAAGUUGGGAACCAUAUAUAUUAUUCAAUCAUACGGAAAAUAAUAAGCGGCUUGGUGCUGAUAUAGCUUUAGGCCUCGCAGGAGUCGAUUGGCCAGAAACAUUGCACGUACUAACAGAUCAUACAGUUGAUAAAAUUACUAUGGAAUAUGAUGGAUCAAGUUAUAGAGCUGAGUGUGUCAUUGUUCAUAAAAGGCUUCUCAAAGAUAUUGCUCCGAUUCAGAGAUUAGAAGAAAUAUCCGGUGCUCGAGCGGCUGCAGGUACAAUCUACGCUACUCGUAUUUUAUUUCCACCUUCAAUUCGCCAAGAACCACUGAUUGAUUUCAUCAUUAAAAUUAUUGUGGACUGUGAAGAAAAGCGUAUUCCUUUGGGAAACCCUUUUUUACUUCCUGCUUGUCUGGUUGCAGAACAAAUAUCAUCCUGUUUUAGACGAGUAGCUACACAGAUAUAUUUCACAGCAGAACCAAAAAGCACAGGCUCUAUAAAAGUUUUGCCUUCUGGCUUAGUUGAAACUUAUAUUUCGGAACAAAUGAAUCAAUUGAUGAAUCAAUCAAAUUUGAAUUUUCCAUUCAAUAAUAGGCAAAAUCAAUGCUUCAGAAAUGAAGAAUACUGCUCUGAAGAAAACUGGAGACCUUUCUUAAGACCCUUCAAACCGUAUACUCAAAAAUAUGGUUCUUUUCCACCCGUAUUACCAGAUUCUCGCAAUUUUACUAAUCUCAAAGACUUUGUGACAACAUAUAUGACUUCAAUGUGGCACUGGGUCGGUUCUGCGCCUAUGGGGUUUGUUGUUGAUUCAAAUUUUAAAGUUUACGGAACAAGUAAUUUACAUAUAGUUGACGCUUCCGUUUUAAAUGUAAUCCCGCGAAUGAACCCUACGAUCAGUGUGAUAUCUCUUGGACGAUAUGCAGGUCUUAAAAUUAUUCAAAACUCAUAA